ACCCUGGAUUCAUCCAGCAUCCAUCAGCUGAAACAGGAUGAUUGGCAGAUUUUGCUUCAUAUUUCCAAGCUGUUGGUUCCUUCUGUAUCUUCUAUCAGGAGGAACAUGUUCAGAAGCAGAGCAUAAGCUCUUCUCUGUGAUAUUUUCCAAGUACAAUCAGUACAUACGACCAGUGGAAAACGUCUCUGAUCCCGUUAUUGUGCAGUUUGAAGUGUCCAUGUCACAGCUGGUCAAAGUGGAUGAACUCAAUCAGAUCAUGGAGACCAAUCUUUGGCUGAGACAUAUCUGGAACGAUUACAAACUCAAAUGGAACCCAAAAGAUUUUGGAGGCGUUGAGUUUAUCCGAGUGCCAUCCAACAGGAUAUGGAAACCAGACAUUGUCCUGUACAACAAUGCAGUUGGAGAUUUUCAGGUGGAUGACAAAACAAAGGCGCUGCUUCGCUACAACGGUGACGUUACUUGGAUCCCACCAGCCAUAUUCAAGAGCUCGUGCAAGAUUGACGUCACAUACUUCCCCUUUGACUACCAAAACUGCACAAUGAAGUUCGGCUCCUGGACCUACGACAAGGCCAAGAUUGACCUGGUGUUAAUCGGCUCCACUAUCAACCUCAAGGACUUCUGGGAAAGCGGCGAGUGGACGAUAAUCGAUGCGCCUGGCUACAAACAUGACAUCAAGUAUAACUGUUGUGAAGAGAUCUACACAGAUAUCACCUACUCUUUGUACAUCCGGCGUUUGCCUCUUUUCUACACUAUCAACAUGAUCAUCCCCUGCCUCCUCAUCUCCUUCCUCACAGUGCUUGUUUUCUACCUGCCCUCUGACUGCGGUGAGAAAGUCACACUGUGCAUCUCCGUCCUGCUGUCUUUGACUGUGUUCCUCCUGGUCAUAACAGAGACCAUCCCGUCCACCUCGCUAGUUAUACCCCUGAUCGGAGAAUACCUUCUCUUCACCAUGAUUUUUGUCACCCUCUCUAUCGUUAUCACCGUUUUUGUAUUGAACGUCCACUAUCGCACCCCCAAGACGCACACAAUGCCCUGCUGGGUGCGUACUGUGUUUCUGGGACUGCUGCCCAGAGUGAUGUUCAUGACCAGGCCAGAGAAAGACCCAGAGAAGGUGAGCGUGACUGACAGUGUUCAGGCGAUCCAGUUGAGACCCUGCGCUCUCCAUUCGUCAGGUACUCUGCAAAAGCCGCAGAAGCCUCGGGCUCUGCCCUCCGGCGGGGUAUCGAGCCUUACGAAGCGCCAGCGGUUUCUGAACAACACGGAGCUCUCCAAUCUCCGAAACUUGAGUGGGGACACAAAUAAAUGUGCCGGGUCUGGCCUCCUGUGUUACGAGGGUCGCUGCAACUGCUGCUGGCAAAAGAGAUCUGGCCAACUACCCUCCGACUCUGGAGGAGGGAGCGGGGGACUGGGCAGCCUGGGGGCCCUGACCGGAGGCAGCGCUGCCGGGCCUGAAGGGGAAAGUCAGUGCUCCAGCUCCGAGUCUCUCGAUGGAGGACUAGUUUCCCUUUUGCCUCUUUCCCCUGAGGUCAGGGAGGCCAUUGAGAGCGUUAAAUACAUAGCAGAGAAUAUGAGACUACAGAAUGAAGCAAAGGAGGUUCAGGAUGACUGGAAGUACGUUGCCAUGGUCAUCGAUAGGAUCUUCCUGUGGGUUUUUGUUCUUGUGUGCAUCCUUGGAACAGCUGGCCUGUUCCUCCAGCCGCUUUUACUUGGGGAUGAUAUUUGAUUUAAUAUGAUAAAACUAAUGCUCCGGACUACCUGUGACAUACAGUGUUCAGGCCGAGGAGGAAAAAUUGCUGCGAUUCAAGCAUUUUUCCUCUUUAUUUGUUUAUUUCACGGUUAGUUUGAUGACAAUAAUUUCAGGACUCUUUAAAGGUGUGAGGAUAACCAUGAAAAACUCUUGG